AUAUGCUAGUGCCAAACUAAGCUUGUUACAGUAUGACCCAAUUGGUCAUUCACCUUGUGGUAAAAACAGACUCUUUACUCCAUUUCAUUCUCAAUACCCAGAGUAUGAAAGAGAACGAAUUGUAAAAGAACUAGUUGGAGGUACAUCCAAACUAUGUUUGCUUUUCGUCACUGUUUCAUUUGGUAUAGGCGUGGAUGUACCAAAUAUCAGAAGAGUGAUUCACAUUGGAGUUCCAUACACUUUAGAGGAGUAUUUUCAAGAGGCUGGCAGGUGUGGCAGGGAUGGAUUACCUGCAAUGGCCACUGUCUAUUACAACUCUUAUGACCUCUCAAAAUCAAGAAAAAGUAUGACAUCUCACAUGAGAGAAUAUGUGGAGGCAAAUAAAAGGAAAAGGGAUUUCAUUCUUUCUUAUUUUGGUUUCAAGUGUUCCCCUAGAACUGACAAAGAACAUUUUUGUUGUGAUUAUCAUAAAAAAAUUUGCUCAUGUGAAGAUUGUGUGCUUGAGUCAGUCACACAGUUGUUCUGUACACAUGAAUCAAGUAUCACCUCAACUCUUUCCAUUACAUCAUUUGCAACUGAAGACACUAAAGAAUGUGUUCCCACUAUUAGUCAUGAAAAGGCUAACGAUUUAAGAGAGGAACUCCUAGCAUACAGAUUAUCCCUGCAUGGACAUGGAAAAAGCUGCACAGGAAGUACUAGCCUUACAAGUGGCUUUAGCAUUGAAGCAAUUGAGUUGGUUAUAGAACAUGCAUACGAGUUGACCUCUAUUGAGGAUAUACAAACAAAACUUCCAAUUUUCAACACUGAACAUGCUGUGGCAAUAUUUAGAAUUCUACUACGUCAUCAGCCUACGGUCAUUACAGAGUUGUACGGAAUUGACACGAGAUAG